AGAGAGCGCGCAAAGACGGCCUCAAAUGCUUGGGAUAAUUCCGCUUCCGUUGGGAAUAGGGACCAGCCGCAGCCUCUGACCGACUCGAGCGGGGUCUCGCAACCUGCCUGCUUGCCGAGGCUCGAGCGCGUCUAGGGGCUCCCCACCAUGGCAACCUCUCCUCAGAAAUCGCCUUCCGCCCCCAAAUCUCCAACCCCCAAGUCGCCCCCUUCCCGGAAGAAAGAUGACUCCUUCUUGGGCAAACUUGGGGGCACUUUGGCUAGGAGGAAAAAAGCCAAAGAAGUGUCUGAACUGCAAGAAGAAGGAAUAAAUGCCAUUAACUUACCACUUAGCCCAAUUCCUUUUGAAUUAGAUCCUGAAGACACUAUGCUAGAGGAAAAUGAAGUCCGAACAAUGAUUGACCCCAAUUCAAGAAGUGACCCAAAACUACAGGAGCUGAUGAAGGUUUUGAUUGACUGGAUUAAUGAUGUGUUGGUAGGAGAACGCAUCAUUGUGAAAGACCUGGCUGAGGAUCUGUAUGAUGGACAAGUGCUGCAGAAACUCUUUGAGAAGCUUGAGAGUGAGAAACUCAACGUUGCUGAAGUCACACAGUCUGAAAUAGCUCAGAAACAGAAGCUACAGACAGUACUUGAAAAGAUCAAUGAAACCCUUAAGCUUCCCCCAAGGAGCAUCAAGUGGAAUGUUGAUUCUGUCCAUGCUAAAAGUCUAGUUGCAAUACUGCACCUUUUGGUUGCAUUAUCACAGUACUUUCGAGCUCCAAUCAGACUGCCAGAUCAUGUAUCCAUUCAAGUGGUUGUUGUCCAGAAACGCGAAGGAAUCCUACAGUCCCGACAAAUCCAAGAAGAAAUAACUGGUAACACUGAGGCAUUGUCAGGACGGCAUGAACGGGAUGCAUUUGACACACUAUUUGACCAUGCUCCGGACAAACUCAAUGUUGUGAAAAAGACCCUCAUAACUUUUGUGAAUAAACAUCUGAAUAAACUGAACUUGGAAGUUACAGAACUGGAAACCCAGUUUGCAGAUGGAGUGUACCUGGUGCUGCUGAUGGGUCUUCUUGAAGAUUAUUUUGUGCCUCUUCACAGCUUUUUCUUGACUCCUGAUAGUUUCGAGCAAAAGGUGCUCAAUGUGUCCUUUGCAUUUGAGCUAAUGCAAGAUGGAGGGCUGGAAAAACCAAAGCCAAGGCCAGAAGAUAUUGUAAAUUGUGACUUAAAGUCGACCCCGAGAGUGCUGUACAAUCUGUUCACAAAAUACAGAAACUUAGAUUGAAGAAAUGCAGUGGGUUGCUGCUGCAGGUGGUUGUUCAUGACCCAGCCAAGGAGCCAAUUUUUCUUGGUAGUCAUUCUUUUGUAUGUAUGGAUAUUCUUAUUAUGUAUGUUUGUUUCAGAUAGUCUUAAUUUAAAACAUUCUAAUUUCAAUCAAAAAUAUUGUAAAGUAAAAACCUGAUACACAGGUUUCUGCUGAGGGCCUCCAUGUUGGCUAUAUUAUUAUUCUUAUAAUUUCUUGGAGAACAAGCACCAGAUACAAAGCCUGAUCCUAGACAUGUUAGGAGAACGGGCUGAUGUGUUUGGAAAUAAGUCUAACCCUGUAAGUUGUGCUAAGAAAAUAACCCAUUGUACACACACACACACACACACACACACACAUUCUGCUGCUUGGAGCAUGCUGCCGCUUAUGUGGAACCCACUCUUAGCCACAGCACCAUUACAUAAACAUUGGUACUCCUGGUGCCUUUGGAACCACUGCUUUAGUCCUCCUUCCCUUUUUCUAUGCUCUGCUAUGCUGCAGUGGGCACAGAAACUUUACAGAUAAGGUAUAUACCUUUGAAAGCGAGAAGGAUUUUUGUGUGCUUUGGAGAUAAAAUGAAUGCGAGAUGUUGAUUGCUUACUGAAAAUCAGACUAUGCUACAUUGUUGAUAUUGAGCCUAACGUUAAAAUGUUAGAACAUCCAUGUUAACAAGAUUUAGUGAAGAAUAUAUAUACAGGGAAAAGAAAGUUCUGUGUUGUACUAUCACAUUAUAUUAUUUGUUCCACACUUAAUAUUGUACUAAAUGUUGGGAAGAGCAGCCUAUUUUUAUAGCAUUAUUUUCAAGAGGAAGUGACCUAACCUUACAUAACACCCUCUGUUAUAUGGAUUAGGAUGCUGAUUUUAAAUUAACAUUUUUGAUAUAUACUUGGAACCCUGCUAUAUAGUGGGGGGUCUAAGCUCUUUGAUUACUUCACUUUGAAUUGGUUUUUGUAAUGCAAGUAGGGGGCUUCACUUUGUAUAGAAAUGUAACUGCUGUACUGAUACCUCCCUGAAAUUUUCAAUAGCCUAGGGCUGAUUCUCAUCUUAGUUUUGAUUGUGGUAAAGUUGCCAAUGAGUGAUCGUAUCUCAUUAGUUUUGUUUGACAAAUAUGUUGCUUGGUCUCAUGUGAUUAGAUCUAGGGUUUAAUAUGUCCUUAUAACUAGAUGAUAAAAGUUUGCCUGACAUAUUACAUACCAUUUCUUACCACAUGAGGGUGCGUACAAACAGCACAGUCAUUAAACAAAACUGAUAGGCCUAAAUUACCUGAUGGUGACUUUUAGAGUGAACAGAUCAAAACUCUUAUUCCUCAAAUAGAGAGAGGCAGAAGAGACUUGAUAAACUGCACCAGUCUUUUGCACAACUAUGAGAAGUAUAGGAACCCCAUCUUUCUUUGGAUCUGGUCACUUAAAUGAUGUUGCCAUGUUACUUUUUAAAAAAACACAUGAAACCUGGUUCUCAAUGUACCUGGGCAGAUUUGUUACUCUUUACACCGCUGAUCUAGUUUUGUUGUUGUUUGUUGGGGGGCGGGGUUGGUUUUUUGUUUUGUUUUGCCAUUUCACUACAAAUCUGAUUACUGCACCCUAAACACAGUUAUAUGUGUACAUAAAUUCUGAACUAACUUUCUAAUUAUUUGAAACAUUUGCCCCUUAGUAGACAUAAAGCGACUCCUGGAUAGUAUUGUCAGAUUCACUGCAGAGGAGGGAUCUUGUGCAUACUGUAUUUGAACAGAAGAAACACCUUCUGCAAGUUAAUCUUCACCCAUCGUAUUGUUGUAGAGGUUGCAAGGGGCAGAAUUAGUUACAAAACAAUAGCUGACAUCUUCACUAAUGGUGCACAUGUAUAGCCAAAAAAGGCACCUUGGUGAUCUUGUGGAACAUCGUCUGUACCUGGCCCAUGCGGGUGCAUACAAUGUUCCACAGGAUCACUAAGCAAGUGUUUUUAAAAAGAAGAAAUUGAGGCUUUAAGAAAAGCCUACUUAUAUUCUUAUGUUCACCAUAAAGUACCACUGCGA